AUGUCGAAUGUAACCGUUCUUCCGUUUAUUGCUGAAAUUUUUUCCCGUGUCGGUUUCGUUUGUACUUGUCUUUUCAAUGCGAUUCUAAUUUAUUUGACCGCUUUUAAAACGGAAAGAAUCACUGGAGCAUACAAAUACUUGAUCAUUUUAUUCUCUCUAAUCUGUAUUUCGUUCUCUUGUCUGGAAGUUUUGGCUCACCCAUAUUUACACAAUUACAAUGGUGGAUUCAUCUAUUUCAGUCUAAAUGACUAUUUGGGAGCAUCCAACGAACUGCUCAAGUUCUUCAUCGAAGCCUACUCUGGGGCUUACGCCAGUAUCAUGUGUAUGGUUGCAGUUCAGUUUGUGUUUCGGUUUGCCACGUUGAUGAACCGCAAAACCCUCCUCUCCAGUUUCUCCGGAUUCAAUUUCGUCAUCUGGAUCCUUUAUCCUCUCUUUUUCUGCAUCACCUUCGGCAUGAUGGUUCAUUAUUGUGCUCAACCGGAACCAUUUUCCGAUGAUUAUAUGAAAAAAGAGCUAUUUCGUGUCUACAACUUGGAAAUCGAGAAAACAGCCAGAUUCAUUGUUAUCGCUUAUAAUGCCAAUGGCUCUGUCAGAUGGUUUAAUUUGGUGUUUUUGUUUGGUGCUAUGAUAAUAUUGGGAUUUCAAUACGCAGUGAUCAUCUUUUGUGGUAUCCAGAUGCAGAGGAAAAUGAAGAAGGAGCUGAAAAACUUCUCGCUUCCGAAUCGGAAACUACAGCAACAAUUUUUCAAAGCAUUAGUCGUUCAGAUCACUCUCCCCACGGUUCUCUUUCAUCUUCCAGCUCUUCCAGUUCUUUUUUCCCCAUUUUUCGAUGUCAAAUUCACUUUUCAAACUGGAUUCAUUUACGCAGUUUUUAGUCUUUAUCCCCCGAUAGAAACUGUUGCAUUCAUGCUAAUCGUAUCGGAAUAUUCCAAUAUUUUCAAAAAAUCGAUAAACAGAAGACCAUCAGCGCCAGAUAAGCGAAAAAUAAGUGAAACAGAAGAGUCCGAAGAAAAUAUGAAGAAGAAAAAGCAUCCGAAGUUGAAGAGAAAAUGGCAGGCAGAGGAAGAAUUCCUUGGUCUUCAGCUCCUUCCAUCGAAUGUGAUGCGUACGAUUGUGGAAAAAAUGUCUGUGGAGGAGCAUGCCAAUUUUCGAAAAGUCUGUUAUUAUGCACACGAUGAAGUGGAAUCCUAUUGGAGAAGCCAACGAAGCAUUUCAAUUUCCCAACUGAUGAUUUGGUUUCCAAAACUGUCGGAAUCCAAAUGGAAACUCACUUCUUUGUCAGGAAUACUCGAUGAACUCUCGGCUGUUUUCUAUUUGUUCAAGCCGGGAAAUUUGCGUAAAUUGAGUUUGUGUCGCGUGGCAAGCAUCAACAUGAAUUCGUUGGUUAAGUGUAUUGAAUUGUCCACCGGAAUGUCAGCCUCGAAGUUUCUGGAGAAUGUUGAGGAACUGGAUCUUCGUGGAUGCUUUCUCUCAAGGGAACAUAUCAAAAUGAUUGAUGAACUGUUCCCGAACCUGAAAGCACUCAUUCUCCAUCAAAAUGCAAUUAUGCCGGAGAGGAAUAUAAAACUUCCGUACAAAAAGCAGAACGAAAUCACUCACUACGUCAAGAUGUCAUCGGAUCCUAAGCAUGUGGAGUACGGGAAUGUUCCAGAAGCGGAUAAGAAUGUGGUGGCCUUUUUGAGCCAAAAUCUUCCAGACGUCCGUCACAUAUACAUUGAUCUGGAUGCUUGA